AUGAAGAUCAUAUCAAUAGUUUUUGUUUCUACCUUUGUCAUAGCUCACGCGAAAAUUACUAUAGAUGUUAAAGCCGGAAGAGAUAUAUCUGAUAUAGUUAUUAACUAUUCCGGAUUUGAUAAAGCUCUCAUCGGAAAUAAAGAAAUAGAACUUUUUAAAAUCGAUGAGCUUAAUUUAAAACGAGCAGUGAGAAGCAAGUACCAAGUGACACCUCGCGAUGUGUUUCUUAAGAGCCCCACACCGUGGGGUGAUUUAUACGAGAAAUAUCACUGGGAACAAGUGUCAAGAGUGAUGCAAAUAAAAUCUGUUACAGUUAAACAAAGUGCGGUAAAGUCUAUUGCAAUAUUAUCACAGGACUUUGAAAAUUCAUUUAAUAAUACAAUAAAAGUCAACGCAGGCAUCAGUCAAACUGUUGAAAACAGGAUAGCAACGACGUGGUCAAUGAACAAAGAAACUACAAUAUCGCAGGAGAUUGAAUAUGAUUUAAAUAUAAUUAUUGCAAAAAUUGCGGGCACAACCAGUUUUUCGUACACUUCUAGUUGGGGCAAGAGUGAUGAGAAGUCAGAAGCAGUAACGUUGGGUGCUACUAGUGGAAUGGAAACAGAACUUCAGCCUGGUCAAGCCGCAACAGCAAUUCUAUCAGCAAAUCGAUAUUCUUUGGACAUUGAAAUUGUAUACGCUUUAUCUUUACAAGGAAAUGUAGCUGUUAAUUUUAGAAAAAAACAUAAAGGACACCAUUUUUAUGGACCCACAAUUGAAUCCGUUCUGAAGAGUGAUGAAUUACCGACAGAAGUGACCGUCGUCGAGUACAUACAGAUAGGUCUUUUUACCGAUGCGUCAUUAAAAGUGAUUGACAAGAAGACAGGUUUUAAACAGAUACAACAAGCAACAACAAAGAAAAUGAAGAUAUUUAUAUUUAUUGGUUUACUGGCGCAUGUAUUGGCAGAGCCACCUGUAGGGGAUGGAUAUCCAGCAGCUCGAUCAAGCUAUGAUCAUGACCACGGCCUUGAUAUCCCACGAUCUUUACCGCAAAGAUAUGGAGCACCUGCACCAGUUGGAGCCCAAAGUCAAAAAGGCUACGAAUCAGCUGUAUCCAGAUCUCAACUAUCCUCCUAUCUUCCUGCGUCGCGAUCCUCUAUAUCUCAAGAGUACGGCCCCCCAGAACUUCGAUCAAGUCUGUCCCAAGAAUAUGGCGCUCCAGGUCUAAGAUCUAGUCCAUCCCAAGAGUACGGAGUCCCCAGUGCUCGACUCUCCCAACAAUAUGGACCUCCCAAUCAAAGAAACGCUCCUUCUGCAGAAUACGGAGUUCCUUCUUAUCCAACAGAUUUUAAUACUCCCAGCGCACGUUUAUCUCAAGAAUACGGCGUUCCUGAAUUAAGGUCAGAUUCUGAAGGAUAUAAAACGAUUGGUGACUUUCCUUCAGAUUCCUAUGGAGCACCUCUGCAAAGGUCUCCUUCUACUCAGUAUGGACAGCCUCAAUUUAGAUCGAAUCCUUCUGAAGAAUACUCAGCACCUGCCCAAAAUACUCUUUUGCAAUUUCAAAAGUCUGCGUUAUCGACUCAAAAUUACGCUACUGGACUCCGCAGCACAUAUAACGUCAGUCCCUUAUCACGUCCAAAUACUGUACAAUCGAGGCAAAAUAAGCCAUCGAGUGUUGUGACUAGAAACUUUCAAAAGUCCUUUGGAGCAGGAAACACUGCAUCUCAAAGCUUCAGUACAUCUCGUUCUGUUCCUUCACUCCAUCAAGUACCUUCCACAAGAAAUUCUGACUCCUAUACGCCUAAAACACAGUCAAUUUCCCAAUCCUAUCUUCCUAGCUCCAGAACCGUAUCACAAACAUAUGGAGCACCAAAUGAACGAAGCCUAUCCGCUGAAUACGGUCCUCCUGAAGCUAGAACUAAAACGAAAACUAAUGCUUUUGCUUCAUCUUACGACGUUAGUAGGUCAGACCCAUCCCCUAAAUAUGGCGUACCAUCAGCUAGAGACGCGAUGCCAUCAGAUCAGUACGGAGUUCCUGAACAGUACGACUCACAAUCUAACCAAGGGUACAACUACGCACGGAACGCUCUCGACGAGCUUCUUAACCAAGAACCAGCUAACUACGACUUCGGAUACAAAGUUAAUGAUAUCGACAGUGGGAGUGACUUCGGUCACACUGAGUCCAGGCAAGAUAAUAGAGCUGAAGGAUCUUAUUUCGUAGUGUUGCCAGAUGGAACUAAGCAAGUAGUAGAAUACGAAGCCGAUGAGCGUGGAUUCAAACCUAGAAUCUCCGUAGAACCAGCGGAAGUCAGGUCGGGGUCGGGGUAUGAUGACAACGCGUCAGACCUCGACCGAUCUGGGGAUGGGCCUUAU